UCCGCCUACCGGGUGCCGCAGCAGUGGUUCGGGAUCUGCCCGGGAACGAUCAGGGAGCGGAAAACCGCCAUCAUCAAGCCUGAUGUCUGGACAGGACGCCCCUGCCAACAAUGCUGCAGGGGGGGACAGGUCAGCGAGAAUCUGACGGCGCUCAAGGAGCCACGCCCACAGGGGCUGCAACACCGGGGUCCGGUGGACCGACCAACAUGACAUCGGAGAGCGAGUCAGAUGACACGGACAUGGGUCGGCUUCAAGCUCUGCUUGAAGCCCGGGGCCUGCCAUCUCACCUGUUUGGGGCACUAGGACCACGUAUGCAUCAACUACUCCACAGAACCAUGAGUGGGGGAACCAUGAGCAAGGUCCAGCAGCUGCUUCAGGGUCUCCAGGCCUCGGGUGAUGAGGGCCAGCAACUCACUGCUGUCAUGGAAAUGUGUCAGUUGCUGGUAAUGGGGAAUGAAGACAGCCUGGCAGGUUAUCCAGUGAAGCAGGUGGUGCCGGCCCUCAUCACACUCCUGCAGAUGGAACACAAUUUUGACAUCAUGAACCAUGCAUGUCGGGCUCUCACCUACAUGAUGGAGGCUCUGCCCCGGUCUUCAGCAGUUGUUGUGGAUGCUGUGCCUGUCUUCUUGGAAAAGCUGCAAGUCAUUCAGUGUAUGGAUGUAGCCGAACAGGCUCUCACAGCUCUAGAGAUGCUGUCUCGGAGACACAGCAAGUCAAUCCUGCAAGCUGGAGGAAUUGCCGCAUGUCUGAUGUUUAUAGACUUCUUCAGUAUCUCUGCUCAGCGCAGUGCCUUGACUGUCACUGCCAACUGUGUCCAGAGUUUAUCCUCAGAAGAGUUCCACUACGUCAGGGACUCACUGCCUCUACUGAGUGGGCGACUCAGCCACCAGGACAAGAAAUCAGUGGAGAGUGUGUGUCUGUGCUUCUCUCGACUUGUGGACAACUUCCAGAGUGACCAGAGAUUGUUGAAGGAGAUAGCUGUGCAUGGCCUGCUCUCCAACAUACAACAGCUGCUGGUGGUGAGCCCCCCAGUCAUCAGCACAGGCACAUUUGUGAUGGUCAUACGGAUGUUGGGGGUCAUGUGUGCCAGCUGUCCUGAUCUGGCGGUUGUACUGCUCAAACAAAAAAUAGCAGAGACCCUUUGUUACUUGUUAAUAGGAGCCUCUGAGCAACCCGAGAAGAAUAUAGAGCUUGUUUCCCGAACUCCCCAGGAAUUAUAUGAGAUAGUUUGUUUGACAGGAGAGUUGUUACCGAAGUUGCCAAAUGAUGGCAUUUUUGCCAUUGAUUCGAUGUUACGGAAAGGCAGGUGUGUAAAUACAGAUUCUGUGAUAUGGCAAUGGCAGGAUGACAGGGCAAUGUGGCGGCCAUACAACACUAUUGACAGCAAGAUAGUUGAGGCUGCAUAUCAAGCUGGUGAAGAUGAGGUCAGUCUUUCCACAAUGGGCCGGUCCUACGCAGUUGACUUUAACUCAAUGCAACAAAUCAACGAAGACACUGGUACAGCACGUCCUGUACAACGCAAACUGAAUCCCCUGGCCCCAGCAUCACAGCAGAGCUCAUCAGCCACAUCUGUGUCAUCGGACCCCAACUUAGAAAGAUGUGAUUCCCGCGCUGAGAUCUUGAAGGAGGACAGUGAUCUGGCUACAGCCUUCAUUCAGACACUCUUCUCUGUGUUGUACGAGGUCUACAGCUCAUCAGCUGGCCCUACUGUGAGACACAAGUGUCUGCAGACACUGCUGCGAAUGAUCUACUACGCAUCGUCUGACCUGCUCAAAGAAGUGUUGAGGAACCAGCCAGUGUCAAGCCACAUAGCUGCAAUGAUGGCGUCCCCAGAUCUCAAGGUCGUCGUAGGAGCGAUACAGAUGGCAGAUAUACUGAUGAAGAAACUGGAGGAUAUCUUUGGCAUAUAUUUCAGAAGAGAAGGUGUCAUGCACCAGAUCAAGUUUCUGUCUGAGAUGGACCUGCAGUCCCCCUCUACCACCUCCAAGUCCAUCUCCACCUCCUCCUCUCACAGCCUCUCCAGCAACAGCAGCGGGGGCAGUACCUCGGGCUCAGGGUCAGGGAGCAUCGGCGGGGACACCAUUGAGAAGAAGGAGACAGAAAUCACCACCAUCUCACCAGGAGCAACAGCUCAGCCUGAUGAGUCCCCUCAGAUGCGUUUAAGUGAUGUUCUCAAAAGGAAACGACCUCCAAAACGAGGUCCAACCAGAAAAGGCAACAAAUCAGAUGAUGUAAUGGAAACUGGUGCUCGUGGUGGACCGGUCCUAAGCGGUAGAACUUCCAGUCGGGGGAAAUCUUCAAGCAAAGACAGUAAAUCUAGUUCUGGUCCAAAGGCAACUUUCUUGACAAGUUUGAAUCCAAGGAGUUGGGGUCGUCUUGGUGGUUCCUCCAGUUCUUCUGAUAGGCCACCUCUACCAAAGGACACAUCUGUACAGAAGAUAUCUUACAACACAUCAUCAGCAAACAGGGAGAAAGUCAGAGCAUGGAUCAAAGAGCAGGCUACCAAAUUCCUAGAGAAAUAUUUCUCAACUGAAGCUCCUGGUGGGAGUCACCCAGCCCUCAAUGUUCUCAACAGGUUGUGCACAGCCACUGAACAACUCUCUCUAGAUAAUGAUGAAAGCCUGUCAGCACUAAAGGAGAUUUCCAGUAUUAUGAAGGAGAGUGAUGUCUCACCUUUUGAGAUCAUCCAUAGUGGCCUUGUAAAGAAGCUAUUGAUGUACCUCACAUCCACGUCAGGCUCCGUCCCCCGGGACCUCCGCAUCAGGCUGUUUCUUCACGUCUUCCUAGGAUGCCCUCUCCCCGAGGUGACCUACAUCAAGGAGAGAAUAGAGGAUCAGCAGGGACAGUUGUACCCACUUGUCAGCAAGAUGAUGGGGUGUCUUCAUCAGUUAGAACAGUUCCAGGUUAAAGUGCAUGAUCUACCAGGAGGCAACAGUUCAAGUGGGCGGGGAUCAAAUGCACUCAAGUUCUUCAGUACACAUCAGUUAAAAUGCCAGUUACAAAGACAUCCCUCUUGUUCAUCUCUGCGGCAAUGGAAGGGUGGUCCAGUGAAAAUCGAUCCUCUAGCUCUUGUGCAGGCAAUAGAGAGGUAUCUUGUCAUGAGAGGCUACGGGAGAACCAAGGAUGGAGAAGAGGAGAUAAGUGAUGAAGAGAACUCAGAUGAUGAUGUAGAGGACACUAUGGCGGCAGUGUUCAUCAGUCAGGGUACAGCACGGCACCGACUGGAGUUCCUGAUUGGAGACCGUGUCCUGCCCUACAACAUGACAGUGUACCAGGCAAUCAAACAGUUCAGCCUUAGUGGGGAGGGGAGUGAGACUGACACAGACUCGGAGAACCCUCUCAGCCAUGCUGGUAUCUGGGUACAGACCCACACAAUAUGGUACCGACAGGCUGCUGAACAGGAAGAGGUCACCGCUACUAGUCCAAAGAAAACAAAAGCUGAGUCUAAAGGUGCUAAAGCUGCCCGAAGGAAACACGAUGAUCUGCAUAAAGAUAGCCAUUGUUCUGUGAUAGUUCCCCUCUUGAAUGCCUUCCUCACUGACAAGCUGCCUGCGUUUGUCACAGUCCAGGACCCGUCUCUCGAUGUUAUUGCUCUGUUGCGGGUGUUGCAUUCUCUCAACAGGCUCUGGGCAACUCUCUUUGAAGUGUCCUUCUUCCCAUCCCCGGUGCUACCAGCAUCAGACUUCACCAGCAAUAAACUGACAGCGAAGGCCAACCGCCAGCUCCAGGAUCCUCUCAUUAUUAUGACAGGCAACCUCCCCAACUGGCUGGGGGAAAUAGGCACUGCAGCGCCAUUUUUGUUCCCCUUUGAUACACGACAACUGCUGUUCUUCGCUACAUCAUUUGACCGAGAUCGGGCCAUGAUGCGUCUACAGCAGGACAACUCUGGUGACAGUAUACAGAAUGACAGUGAGAGAGUGGCACCACGCCUGGAUCGCAGGAGAAGAAUGGUUAGUCGUGUUGACUUGCUCAAACAGGCUGAAAAAGUCAUGGAGGAACUAGGAAACUCCAAAGCUCUAUUGGAAAUACAUUAUGAGAAUGAGGUGGGUACAGGCCUGGGCCCUACAUUAGAAUUCUAUGCUCUGGUGUCCCGGGACUUCCAAAGGACCGACCUAGACAUGUGGAGGGGGGGAAGCUGUAAAGGCGGCGAACCCGUCAGACCCAGAAAACAAGAUAUCCUACAUGCCUCACCUUGUGGCUUGUUCCCGGCCCCUCUGGCCAGAAACACCAAAGCUGCAUCUGUCAACAAAGUCAAAUCAAAGUACAAGUUCCUAGGGAAAUUCCUGGCCAAAGCUCUCAUGGAUUCAAGAAUGGUUGAUCUUCCACUGAGUCCAGUAUUCUACAAGUGGUUGUUGGGGCAGGAACACAGCGUGACAUCAGCUGACCUGCAACACAUAGACCCAGUUGUUGCUAAAUCUUUCCGCCAACUUGAAGAUAUUGUGCACCAGAAGAAGAGAAUUUUAAGUGACAAGUCACAUACCGAAGAGUCUCGUCAACUAGCCCUGGACAGUCUGACCCUGGAUGGGUGUAGUAUAGAGGACCUGGACCUCACCUUCACACUACCAGGCUACACAAACAUUGAGCUGAAAAAGGGGGGCAAGGAUGUGCCAGUCACACUCGACAAUCUUGAGGACUACUUACAGCUGGAGCAGUUGUUCUGUGGUAGCGGGAGUGAGCUGUGGGACAUGAAGAUGCUGAUGGAAUGCUGCCGCCCUGACCACGGCUAUACACAUGACAGUCGGGCAGUCAAGUUCCUCUUCCAGGUGCUCAGUGCUUACACCCCCGAGCAGAGAGACUUCCUUCAGUUUGUUACAGGCUCACCGAAACUACCUGUAGGAGGAUUCCGAAGUCUUUCCCCACCUCUGACCAUAGUGAGAAAAUCCUUCGAGUCCAAUGAAUGCCCGGACAAUUUCCUACCAUCUGUGAUGACAUGUGUCAACUACCUGAAGCUCCCGGACUACUCCACAGUGGAGAACAUGCGAGACAGGUUGAGUGUUGCUGCCAGAGAAGGACAGCUCUCCUUCCAUUUAUCAUGAGCUGUCAGGAGCCACUUCAAUACUUUGUGGGCAUUUUCCUAGGACAAAGCAUUGUGUCAAAUCAAACAGGCGGAUUAUGAUGAAACAAAAUAAUAUUUGUGACUGGAAUGUAUUUUGUUUAUGGACUUGUAUGGUGGAGUGUUAAACAGAUUGAGGUCACAGUGUGUGAUGUAGGAUGUUCCUACGGAAACCUUCCCUUUAGUUGCCAAAGGGAAAAAUUAAGUGGUGAUACAAGGGAUCACAUGUGAAAAUAUUUGCAUACUGACAAAAUCUGUGAAUUUCUUCAGACCAGUGGUCAGGGAUACAAUUCAAAGUCAGACAAGUCAUGUCCAAAAGUGUGUUUUCAAGAUAUGCCUUCUUGACUGAAGGAGAGAAGCUGGCACUUAACAGCAAGGAUGCAUCUAAUGGGAGUUCAAGGCUACGAUAUGGUGAUACAACAGAGUCUAAAUAAUGUAAAGCUACUGUUUGAUAGCUUGAGCUGUGUACAUGAUUUGCAGUGACAAGCCAAUACUACUGUGUACCUGUACUGUUGAAGUAUCUGUACACUCUAAUGCAAGGUGUUUGUGUAUGUGAGCAUUGUCAUGCAAGCAUCCUCUAUGUAGUGCACACCGUGGACAGGCUCACCUUGAACAUUUGGCAUUUAAUUUGUAUCUCAUUUCUUGUUUUAUACAGACAACUAUUCCUUAUUUCUGAUUGUGUUGUUGUUAUGUGUUUGAUAUGUAGAGCAGGAUCUGCUCGGUGUACAUAAAUAUACAUGUGAUAUAAUCGUAAGAGCUCCAUAUGACUGUAACAGUCCUAGAGGGUCCACAUGGACAAUGGUACACCCAUCUUGCAUAUGAGCUCUACUGGACAAUAUUAUAAUGAUGUUCAUCAUGCAUAAAUGCUUCAACUGCAACCUGCCUGAGUGGCUGUCAUCAUCAGAGCAUCUUAAAUCAAGGGGUGUGGAGUGUCUGCUCUUUCAGCAAGCAAUAGCAGUCUGGUGUAGCUUUUUGAAAAUCAUGGGUUGGUUUAUAAAGACAUGUAAUAGAAACAACUGGCUGCCUGUUUUAUUUCUUUAUCCACAGGGGCGGUGGGGUAGCCUAGUGGCUAAAGCAUUUGCUUGUCAAGCCAAAGACCCGGGUUUGAUUCCCCACAUUGGUACAAUGUGUGAAGCCCAUUUCCUGUGUCCCCUGCCGUGAUAUUGCUGGAAUAUUGCUAAAAGUGGCAUAAACUAAACUCACUCACUGUUUAUCAACAUGUAUGCAAAGGCUACAAUGCCCUGUCCUGCUUCCUGUCAACUAUGUCACUUUGCUGGAUUAGCAGAAUUUUGCAUUAAAUUUACCUGGAGUAUAACGAAAUUGUCUUGAAAAUUAAUAUUUGAAUUGUGAGUCGAUUCCCAAAAGAGUACAAUAUGUGGAGUCUAUCAUUGGUGUCUUGUCUUAAUAUUAUGAACUCUUUGAUUUUCUUACAUCAAUUAACUCCUGUCAAAUUAGCUGUCCAUAGUCCGCAAUGGUUGUUUUAGUUUGAUGCUUCAGAUCUGAAAGAAAGUACAGUUAAAGAAAAGAAGUAACUACAUUGAGGACAGACAGACAGUUCUAAGUGAAUAAACCAUCAAUGAAAAUUAUAGUUUGAUUUCUUGCCAAAGUGAAGCGUUUCCAAUUUCCACACCCCUGACCUGUUUUGUGCUGGUUCAACAAAUAGUGGGGAACUACAUCAUGCUAGAAAUGUAUUUAUGUACGUUUUUGUAUGUAAAGAAACCUCCAUUAGUGCCACUCAGAUGAAUGUAAGUCUCAUUUGUUCCUCUUUAUGCUUCUCUGAAAUUGUUAGUUUCGCUGUCUGAUCAGAAGAUCUGUAUGAAAGGGAUAUGAUUUUGCAUUACCACAAUUUGCAAAAUUUCUUUCAUAACAUAUGCUGAAUGAUAAGCAAAGUAUAUUGAACUGCAUUUACUAAAGCAAAUGAAGUGUUGCAUCUCAAAAAAGCCUGAAUAUAUUAGUAAACCAAUAUCAUUAAAAGCAUGUUGAGUGUUUGUAAACAUUCACUUUAAUCAUCAAGCUUUCAUCUUGAAUACUUGUUUACAAACAGGCAUAUUAUCCAUUGAUGUAACCCUAAUUCGGUGAAGAGAAAUGUGUAUGCUGUCCGUAUAUGAUUAUGUUGAUGUUAUGUCUCCUUAUCUUUGCAAUAUGCCAUAGUCAUCACUACAAUCACUAAUUGAUCUGAGACUGUAUCUUUUCUUAUUAUUCUUAUGUUAAACCAAAGACUUGCUGCAUCUGCUUAGUGAUGGCAACAAGACAAUGCUCAUUGGUUAUGAUGAAGCCUUGGAUCUCCUCCCACUGAGAUGUGCUGGCAAUGCCAAGAAGUGUAUAUUUCUUGACAUCAGACUCCCUUUUGACAAAGCUGUAUCAGGGCUAAAGCAGUCACUAACUCUUUGUGAAGCACAAAAUUACGAGACCUGCUUUAUUGAACAGAGCCAGGUUAUGAUGGCAAUAUGUAAAAGAUGGCGUGAGCUGUAUUUAAUCUAAAUUUUGUGUUUAAAUUAGAUUUCAUGACUGAGGGGUUAUGUUUCUCUUUAUUUGAUUUAUGUUAAUUGAUUGUAUGACGUCAUUGUUAGAAAUUAAGGGAGACCCAGGAGUCUUGAGAUUGGCUGCUCUGGAAAAUAUAAUUUAAGGGACUUCUGAAUCUGAAGGGACCCUUUGAGGAUUUUCAUGCUUAUUUUCCCAAACUGAUUGUGUAUUGGUCAUUCAUGUAUUUGUAAAACAUGCUGAAGACGGUCCUACAAAUCCACUGUACUUCAAAUGUUUCAUUUGCUAUUCUUUGUGAAAGUGUUAUAGUUAUACACAGCAGAAUCUUAGCAUGGUUUAUAUACAUAAGUAACUGACAAGGGAACAGAUACAGUCUGUACUUAACAUAGCCUUGCUGUGAAGUGAUGGCUUCUUUACUAUCCUGAAACAUUUGUCUUACAAAAGAGUGGCUGUCUGAAGUCUUAUUGGAACUAUGUAUCUGAAAGUCGCUGUCCACAUGUUUGAAUAAUGCCAUGGAUUUUGUUUAACUAAGAUCAUAGUGUUAAAGGCUAGACUGUUUUGCUGGAUUUAAAGGACAUACCUCAAUAAUUGAAACUUAGCACUUCUUCAGAAUUUGGAGAUUUAUGUAUACAAGUACCUAAAGUAUCAUUGGCCAUGACUUAUUCCAAACUGUUGCAGCUCCUUAACUUCCACCUCACACUACACAGAAAUGAUGCAACUAUUAAGUAGCAAUCAUUUUGAAAUUAUGCUUUUGAUUUUUAAACAAAUGAUUUCACAUAUGCUGACUCAAAAUGAUGUUUUGCAUAUGGGCAAAAAGAACAAGUAUUCACAUUGAUCCUUCCCAAUGACUCGAGUGUCUCUGUAUAUACAAUUUGAAACUCAAGGGCAAGGGAACGUAACCUCAUUACAGUUACUUCUUCCUUGAGCAUCCUAUGGCCAACUGUUUCUCUACAUAUACGUAGAGAAACAAAUAAAGGAACACAGGAAAAUUCAAUCGUUCCUUUAUUAUUUUCCAGUUUUCAUCACCACAGCGCUAUUCAAAGCUGGUGAUGAAAACUGGAAAAUAUUAAAUGAACACUUGAAUGUUCCUGUGUUCCUUUAUUUGUUUCUGUACAUAUAUAUUAUCUGAAUCAGCAGAUUAAGUGAAGUGUCUAUAUACGUUAUGCUAUCAUCUUGGCUGAAGCACAGUGGAGCAUCGUUAAUGGAAAGUUUUGAAUUAGACCCAAAUCAAGUAUGAGACAUAUUUACUUCAAAUUAUUUGACGGUUCCUACAACAGCAGUGUCCAUAUUAACAAGGUCCCACUGUGGUUUAGUUCAGUUUGUUAGAGUGUUCAUCAUGGAAAUAAAUUCUUACUGUGGUAUAUAGAAACAUGUCAGUUGUUAGUUAGCCCAAUUCCUUGACCAAGUCAUUCAAGUGUACUUGACAUGUGAAGAUGAAGUAUAGUUAUUGUUAAUGGAGGUAUUCUAAUGGAAUAGCUUGGGCUGAAAAGUGACCAGUAACUCCUGAAUCAGCUGGACCAUAUGGAGAGAAUGUAUUUAGGUAAUUAAAUGUUAGCUGAUGUCACACAGGCAGAGAUACAACAAAGCAAAAGGUUCAAUCUCCUAAAUUCAAGCACACCCUGAAACUCAUUUUAUCUCAGAAGCAGUGAGAUAUUUUCUUGCUACAAAGCACUUAAUGAUAAGGAUUACUUGAAUGCUGAUGGUACUGGUCUCACCUGUGUGUCCUUAUCAAGGAAUGCAAGAGUCUGUUUUAUUGACUGGUGAAUAAGACUGAACUAGCCAGUUGAUAGCAAAGUGUCAGCAUGGGUAGGUUCUUUUGGUGUGUUUGUACAGAAUGGUCAAGGAAUGUGGGUGUAGGUAGCUUAUGUUGACACUGCAAAGACCUGUAUCAGUUGUAGGUCACCAUAGGUGUACACUGUGUUCAUGUUACUUGUCUCUUCAACACAGGAUAUCGAGAAAGUCUGAGUGAAAAUUUGAGUGUUCUAUUCUUUGAUAUUUGCCAAAUUAUGAUUUAUAUGAAAGGCUAAAGAGAAUAAAUGAUAUUUAUUAUAUUACA